GCAGAGCCCGAGGUGGAGCUCCAUCUCAGGACCCUGACAGAGGUCAUGACCUAAGCCAAAACCAAGAGCCGAAUGCUCAACCGACUGAGCCACCCAGGCACCCCUAGGCCUGUUUUUAUCCCUAACUCGGCCGCCUCCCUGCCAGAAGGAACUCCAACAGAGCCUUCUGCCCAUUACAUUUUUCCCAAAAUGUGAUCUGUGCCCACCGCCCACCCAUCCAAUUUAUAGGCACCUCUCCCAGAGUAAGCUGUGACCACUGCACUUUGUCAGGUUCUUUUGAUCACGCAUCCUGGUCCCUUUUUGUUCUCGCUGGAGUUUCCUUUCUUGCAGUCUAGUCUUUCCCGGGAGCCAGCAUGGGUCCCAGAACCCUGCCGGUUUCCCGCUGCCGCGCCGCCAGACCCGUAGGCUGGGACACUGCGCCGCCAAGGGAGGCCGCUCCUCGGGUGCCAGGAGUUACCCCGAAAGACAAAGAGGGACCCCCGUGUGCGACGGCGCUGGCGUUCAGGGAGGCUGGGACCGCGCAGCGCGGACCCGUCGGCGACCUUACGCUCCCACCGCUUCCGGGGCCCGCCCCGCCCCUCCGACCAGCGCCUCGCUCUUCCGAGUCUCUAUGGUACCAACUUCCACCGCGCGCCACUCCUCGCGAGACUUCGGCGGCGCAGCAAUGGCGAGAUCGUGAGUGCCGCUGACGGGAGUCAGGAGAACGGGCUGGGACUGGGCUCGGGCGAGAUCGGGCCGGGGGAGACCCGGCAGGCCAGGGCCGCCUGGAGCGGAGCGGCGGCUGGGGGCGCAAGGCCCCUGCGGGCCUGGACAGCCGCCCACGAACAAGCUCCCGCCUCUUCCCCAGAUGCCGCGUCACUGCUCCGCCGCCGGCUGCUGCACACGCGACACGCGCGAGACGCGCAACCGCGGCAUCUCUUUCCACAGACUUCCCAAGAAGGACAACCCGAGGCGAGGCUUGUGGCUGGCCAACUGCCAGCGGCUGGACCCCAGCGGCCAGGGCCUGUGGGACCCGGCUUCCGAGUACAUCUACUUCUGCUCCAAACACUUCGAGGAAAACUGCUUUGAGCUGGUGGGAAUCAGCUGCUCUGAGAGCCGAGGGCCCACGACUCCAUUUUCUCCACCUCCACCUGCUGAUGUCACCUGCUUUCCUGUGGAAGAGGCCUCAGCCCCUGCUGCUUUGCCUGCCUCCCCCACUGGGAGGCUGGAGGCUGGCCUCAGCAGCCCCUUCGCAGACCUCCUGGGGCCCCUGGGUGCCCAGGCAGAUGAAGCAGGCUGCAGUGCCCAGCCCUCGCCGGAGCGGGAGCCCGACAGACAGCCGUCCCCCCUUGAGCCACGGCCCGUCUCACCCUCAGCCUACAUGCUGCGCCUGCCCCCCCCGGCCGGUGCCUACAUCCAGAAUGAGCACAGCUACCAAGUGGGCAGUGCCCUGCUCUGGAAGCGGCGGGCUGAGGCCGCACUCGAUGCCCUGGACAAGGCCCAGCGCCAGCUGCAGGCCUGCAAGCGGCGAGAGCAGCGCCUGCGGCUACGGCUGAGCAAGCUGCAGCAGGAGCGUGCCCGGGAGAAGCGGGCACAGGCGGAUGCCCGCCAGACUCUGAAGGAGCACGUGCAGGACUUUGCCAUGCAGCUGAGCAGCAGCAUGGUGUGAGGGAGGGGCUGCCGGCCCCAGGGCUGCCUGUUGGGGCGUCGGCCUCUUCCUCCCUUGGAAUCCGCCUGGAAAGGGACCCAAAUCUGAGCUGUGUCCACCAGACCUGCCAGAUGCCAUAAUAAAGUGGAUUCUAGGAGGCCCUGC